AGAGAAAGUAGGAAAGUCCCAGCAGCGCUCCGAUCGACUGGUCGAUCUCCCGCCGGUCACCCCGGCUCUCCGCUCCGCCGGUCGUGCCGCUGUGUGUGCGGGCGGGUGGGUGCGGACGGUCGGCUGUGUAGUGGCUGCAGGAGUCGGGAGUCUGGAUCUGCUGGAUCUAGCCGGCCGACAUUACGGCUCCGCCUGGAUCUGCUGGCUGCACGCCGCGCUGCAUGCCGGGACACGGCGCAUUGAGCAUGCGCAGCAGAGAGCGCCACAGCGUACCAGAAGAUGGGUCAUAUGUUGUUAUGAGCUCGGCAGAAAACAGCAGAUCCCGCCUGUGGACGUAGAUUGAUGGUCUAGCCGGGGUGGAGAUGAUAAAGUUCGUGCUGAUGGUGAACCGCCAGGGUCAGACCCGGCUGUCGCGCUACUACCAGCCGGUGGAGCUCGGCAAGAGGGCGGCUCUGGAGGCCGACGUGGUGCGCGGCUGUCUGUACCGCAAGAAGGAAGAGUGUUCCUUCGUGGAGUACAAGGACUUCAAGCUGGUGUACCGCCACUACGCCUCGCUCUACAUCGUGGUGGGGAUCACAGAGUCGGAGAACGAGCUGUCCGUCUACGAGCUGGUCCACAACUUUGUGGAGGUUCUUGACAAGUACUUCAGCCGUGUGAGUGAGCUGGAUAUCAUGUUCAACAUGGACAAGGUCCACAUCAUCCUGGAUGAGAUGAUCCAGAACGGCCACGUGGUGGAGACCAACCACUCCCGCAUCCUGGCCCCGCUCAGUGCGCUGGACACACUGGCUCACAGCUAAGGACGUCACCAUGACGACCACAGAGCGCAUACCCAUCAACAUGACGGCCACGGAGCGCAUACCCAUCACCAUGACGACCAGGGAGCGCAUAGCAAUCAACAUGACUACCGUGGUGCUCAUGCUCCAUCACCAUGACUACCAUGGUGCUCAUGCUCCAUCACCAUGACUACCAGAGUUCAAACCUAUCACCAUGACUACCAUGGAGUUCAUACCCAUCACCAUGACUACCAUGGAGCUCAUACCCAUCACCAUGACUACCAUGGAUUCAUUUGUGGUUCAUAAACAUUGUGCCCGGAUGAUGCUGGAUCACCAUGACGACGACAAGGGGGGCAGACACUGGAUCGCCACGACAACAUGGUUUCAUACUUUGCAAAUAUUUUAAUGAUUUUUUUGUUUGGAGCAUACACAUUUGAAAAUAUCUGUUGACCUCAAACUGCAACUUGAGUUAAAUAAAGGUUUAUAAUAUACAAAGAA